AUGGCCGACCCUCGCGAGUCGUCGUCCUACUCCAUCGUGCCCCGGAUCCGGUACAACACCGUCGGAGGCGUCAACGGCCCGCUGGUCAUCCUCGACAACGUCAAGUUCCCGCGGUACAAUGAGAUCGUCACCCUGACCCUGCCGGAUGGCACCGAGAGAUCUGGUCAGGUCCUCGAGGCACGAGGAAACCGCGCUGUCGUCCAGGUCUUCGAGGGCACUUCGGGCAUCGAUGUCAAGAAGACGAGGGUCGAGUUCACGGGCGAGAGCUUGAAGCUCGGCGUCUCGGAGGACAUGCUGGGUCGUAUCUUCGAUGGAUCGGGACGAGCCAUUGACAAGGGCCCCAAGGUCUUGGCCGAGGACUAUCUCGACAUCAACGGCCAGCCCAUCAACCCCUUCUCGAGAGAAUACCCCGAGGAGAUGAUCUCGACCGGUAUCUCGACCAUCGACACCAUGAACUCGAUCGCCCGAGGCCAGAAGAUUCCCAUUUUCUCCGCCGCCGGUCUGCCACACAACGAGAUCGCCGCCCAGAUCUGUCGACAGGCCGGUCUUGUCAAGCAGGCACAGAAGCACGGUGUCACCAACAAGGGCACCCACGAUACCCACGAGGAGAACUUCUCCAUUGUCUUCGGUGCCAUGGGUGUCAACUUGGAGACCGCUCGCUUCUUCACCCGCGAUUUCGAGGAGAACGGCAGCUUGGAGCGCGUCACUCUCUUCCUCAACCUCGCAAACGACCCUACCAUUGAGCGUAUCAUCACUCCUCGUCUCGCCCUGACCACCGCCGAAUACUACGCAUACCAGCUCGAGAAGCACGUCCUCGUCAUUCUUACCGAUUUGUCCGCCUACUGCGAUGCCCUCCGUGAGGUUUCGGCCGCUCGUGAAGAGGUUCCCGGACGACGUGGUUUCCCCGGUUACAUGUACACGGAUUUGUCGACCAUCUACGAGCGAGCCGGUCGUGUCGAAGGACGUAACGGCUCCAUCACCCAGAUCCCUAUCCUGACCAUGCCUAACGACGAUAUCACGCAUCCCAUUCCCGACUUGACUGGUUACAUUACGGAGGGUCAAAUCUUCGUCGACAGAGGUCUGUACAACCGUGGUGUCUACCCUCCCAUCAACGUCCUGCCCUCUCUGUCUCGUCUCAUGAAGUCUGCCAUCGGCGAGGGCAUGACUCGCAAAGAUCACGGUGAUGUGUCCAACCAGCUGUACGCCAAGUACGCCAUUGGACGAGACGCCGCAGCCAUGAAGGCCGUCGUUGGUGAGGAGGCUCUGUCCAACGAAGACAAGCUGUCCCUGGAGUUCCUCGAGAAGUUUGAGCGUACAUUCGUCGCACAGGGCGCCUACGAGAGCAGAAGCAUCUACGACUCGCUCGACCUCGCCUGGAGCUUGCUCAGAAUCUUCCCCAAAGAGCUGCUCAACCGUAUCCCGGCCAAGGUUCUCCAGGAGUACUACCAACGGUCGGCCGCCAAGGGCAAGGAUAAGGACAAGGAUACCAAGAAGACGCACCCCGAAGACCAGGAGGAGAACCUGAUUGACGCAUAA